AUGACUGAAUUCAACGUCUUCCAUAGAAACUACAUAUCGCCCAGUGAGAGAGGCAGAAUAUUACCCUUGGUGCUCUUGAACGUCUGGUAUGGCCGUACCCUUAAUCUGCACAUAGAUGUUCUACCCAGGCCGCCGGGAUGUCAAGACUUCGUUGUCCGAAAUUUCAGGGAGCAAGACCCUACCCAUCCGGCAUUAAUUGACUGGACAAAUACGCAGAUUUACCAGCUAGCUCUCCCACCGUUGAGUCCUCAGCAUCAGUGGUUCUUUCACCAACCAGAGCAAAUAACAUCGUGUCCGGAGGUCAUCCAGCACCCCUUGUCACUCAAUACCAGCAGAGGACGAUCACCUUCAGACCCCGGCUUGUGGCAGUAUCGCGAACCUGACUUUGAAGUCCCCUACACAUACCAGCCUAGACAGUUUCUUCGAGAAGUAAACGAAAGUAUUGAAAGCGGUGGAGAGAAGCGUCUUUCUCGCGUCUUCCCACAGGGGUGGUGCACUUACAACUUUUGGGCAGUCGACGUUUCUCCAGAGUUGGCAGAUUCUGGUGUUCAAACCCCAAACAUCGAAGUUCUUGAAACUAGUGACUGGGACAGACAAUCCAGACCUGACAAGGUUUCUGACGUUACGAACUUCUCAAUAACUACUACCGAGAGAGAGGAGUCCUCUACCAACGAAUCACCGAAAGAGGAGUCAGAAAUAGACCCUUCAUCUUCGCAGGCCCCUAGUCCAUUUCUUUCGAAGUCUCCUGAAGGCGUGCCACUGGCAACUGAGAAGCUUGAUACAGUGCCACUCGCAGGUUACGGGCUGACUUUCUUUGGCUAUCACGAGCCAAUUUCUCCACUUGCUAGUCCUCAAAGUCACGAGUUGGUGUCCAGUAUACCGCAUCUACUUGCUCCUGGCGGUACACAGGCAUUUGAAGGACUUUGGCGACCUCCAACUGCGCCUGUUUCAUCGAGUGGACAAAGGUUGUGGCAAGGCAUCGCGUCCAUAGAACAGGACAGUCAGAGCAACAGCUCAGAUACCCUUUCUGGCCAGUUCUAA